AAACCACACACUAAAAUUCAAUUCAUCACACAAGCAAAGCAAAUAAAUAAUUAUAAAAAAAACACACACACAAUGACUUCGUCUCAGGCCCGCUUCGUGUUGGACUCCAACAACUCGUGGUUGGUCGGCAACUCCGACGGCACGAUCGCCGUGCUCGGCGGCCCCGACGUGGCGUAUCCGAGCACCGGCGACGACGUGAGCAAGUGGGCAGAGACGGCUCGCAUCGGGACCAGCCAGGCAUCAACCCACCUGGAGCUGGAACUCUUCGGGGUCGUGUUGGGCGGCCAGAAGCUGGAGGAGGUGCGGAAGAAUUUCUACGACCACCAAGUGGCGGUCAACAGGGAAGGAUUCAUGGUCCAGUGGCUCAACCUCAGCGGCGGCGACGACAAGGCGCCCAAGGAAGGCAGCCUCUACCGCCGCCUCAACGACCUCUUCGACUGGUUCGUCCACGGCGUGAAGGUCCCCUCUCCGGUGCAGACGGCGUGGGACCGGUACCAGCUCGGGACCGGGGAGCUGAUGGCGGAGCUGUCGGGGCUGGCCCAGCUGCGGGGAGCGAUGGAGGAGCUGGAGAUGGAGAACCAGACGCUUUGGGACGUAAAAGACAUGGAGAUCCGAGAGCUGAUGAUGAAGAAGCAGGUCGAGGAGAUAGGCGGCGGUAAGCUGUCGUCUGCCGCCAAAGAUACGGAUCAGCUUGCUGCCAAAGACAAGAUGAUUGCUGCUCUCAAGGAUGCUCUCAAGCUCUUGCUCUGAAUUCAAUUCAAUGGAACUGCAUGCAUGCUGCUGCUCCGUUUCGGCCGUCCUCCACCACCUCGCUAGCUCCUCCUAUCCGCCUACAGUAUUAGUCAUAAUAAUAAUAAUAGAUUGGACUUUUUAAUAUUUUCUUAAGCUGUCUGUAAUGUAUCGAUCCCAUGCGUGAUGCUUAAUUGUGGUGAUCUAUCUCCCUGUGUUUGUUUGUUUGUGUGUAUUUAAUUGGUAGCAUGCUGAGCUGCCAAUUACAUUAAUAAAAUUCCAACUGCCGU